AUGUUCAUCAAGGAUUGUGAAACCCCUGAACCUAGUGAGGGACCUGAACUAGAAGAACAGUGGACUCUCAUGUUCGACGGCGCUUCAAAUGCUAUAGGUCAUGGGAUUGGGGCAGUAUUGAUGUCUCCUAAGAAUUUUCAUCUUCCAUUCACUGCAAAGCUUUGCUUUACCUGCACGAAUAACAUGGCUGAAUAUGAAGCAUGCAUAUUGAGGCUAGAGGAGGCUAUUGAGUUAGAGAUUAAAAUCUUUGAGGUAUACGGAGAUUCCGCUCUAAUGAUACAUCAAAUCAGAGGUGAUUGGGAAAUGAGACAUGCUAACCUAAUUCCUUAUCGGGAUUAUAUGUUGAAGUUACUCCCAAAAUUUGACAAAAUCACUUUCUCUCAUAUUCCUCGAGAAGAGAAUAAGAUGGCAGAUGCUCUAGCAACGUUGGCCUCCAUGUACAAAUUGAUAUGGCCUAACCAUCAGCCUAAUAUUGAAAUCAGGCGUUUUGAUGAACCUACUCAUUAUUUGACAACAAUAGAAGAAGGGGAUGACAAACCGUGGUUCUUCGACAUCAAACAUUAUCUGGAGAAACAAGAAUAUCCGAAAGAGGCUUCUAGCCUUGACAAGAGGACUAUACGGAGGUUGGCAUCGAAGUUCUUCUUGAAUGGGGAUGUGUUGUACAAGCAAAAUUAUGACAUGGUCUUGCUCAGAUGCAUGGACAAACAUGAAGCUAUUCAGCUUAUGAAGGAUAUACAUGAAGAAUCCUUUGGAACCCAUGAAAUUGGGCAUGUGAUGGCGAAGAAAAUCCCGGUCAGUUACUAUUGGUUAACAAUGGAAGCUGACUGUUAUCAUUACACCAGAACAUGCUACAAAUGCCAAAUAUAUGUUGACAAAGUGCAUGUACCGCCUACUCAUCUAAAUGUCAUAGCAUCACCCUGGACUUUCUCUAUGUGGGGAAUUGACAUGAUUGGGAUAAUAGAACCCAAAGCAUCUAAUGGACAUAUGUUUACCUUGGUUGCCAUAGACUACUUCACCAAAUGGGUCUAA